AUGGUUGCGAAUCGUACGUUUGCGUAUGUUUGUAUUUUUUAUUAUUAUUAUUUUUCUCUAUUUUUCCCUAUCUCUGUUGUGUUUGUUUCCUUCUUGUCUACGUAUACACGAUGGCUACAUGUACGCAUGAAAGAAUAUCCGAUGGAUGUACGUCGGCGGCCGCGUGAUGCCUCACUUCUUGCGUCAGCAAGCAAGGCUGCGGCGGGGGAAGAUGGUGUGGGCAUAGAUACGGCAAUGGCAACGGCGGGUUCUCCGAAUGACAUGACGGAAACGCAAGGAACAGGGAGCGAUGAGGUCGAGUUGGCGUACGGCAGUGCUUUUUAUCUCCAGGAGGAAUAUUUGCAGCGGCUGCGUCAACGUAGCCAUCGCCAAGAGGCGUCAGGGGAGGAAAGCGACAAUGAGGACGGCGACAGCAAAGGUGUGACGUCCAAAGGGACGAAGGGGGCGCCGUCAAAUGAGGCAGAUCUCAUGGUGAACACGAGACACCAGCCGCUAUUUUUUCGUCUUGGAAAAGACUUUCCGCCGAUGGCGCCUUCAACAACGCCUGACGAUGGCGAGGAGACAGGGGCAGCAGACGGCCUCUUGACUGCCCUCUCUGUGCAGGAAGACAAUUCGAGCAUCAUCCUGCCCGUCGUGAGCUCCAUGUGUCGACUGGCGCAGAGUGCCACGAAAGGCAGCGCGUCGCUGGCAUUCCUGCGGCGGCAGCAGGAGGUGGAGCGCGCCACACGGGAGGCGAUGGACACGAGCAAAUCAGAUCUUGCACGCCUUUUGCGGAAGGGCGAGGCGGGGCAGCAGGCAGCCGAGGAGCACUUGGGUACCGGCAGUUACUUCUCCAACGUGGAAAUAAAAAAAACCGGGAACGAGGACGGACUAGAAGAAGAUGAAACGGAGAUGCUGCGGCAAAAAGUACGAAAGGAGACAGCAAGGCUUGAACGUAUGGUGGAAACCCCCGCCCAUAAUGCAGUGUCCUCCGCUGCGACAGAAAAGGAGGAUGUUGAAAAAGAGGAACGCUCCCGUCAGCAAGAAAUAACGCUUCGUAGAAGGCAAGAGAAGUUGGAGCGUGUGCAAGAAGCCAGGGACCGCUUGGCAAAAGAGAGCAGCCACGUGGAGGAUUAUGCCGCAAAGCGUUUGGCGCUGAUGGCUUUGCAACGCCAAUUGCCCAUUUAUCGUUGUAAGGAGGAGCUACUGCGCUGUAUUGGCGAGAACCCGGUCUCGAUCAUCAUUGGUGAGACAGGUAGCGGGAAGACGACUCAACUUGUGCAGUAUUUGUAUCAACGAGGCUAUACCAGAGGCGGCGGUAUUAUUGGUUGCACACAGCCCAGGCGUCUUGCCGCCAUUGGGGUGGCACGCCGUGUGAGUCAAGAAAUGGGUUGUGCCUUGGGCACACGUGUUGGUUAUGCCAUUCAUCUCGACGACAACACGACAAAUGAAACUGAAGUGAAGUUUAUGACCGACGGCGUGCUGCUUCGCGAGGUGGUGCGAGAUCCCGAUGUCAGCAAGUACAGUGUCAUUGUCCUGGAUGAGGCACAUGAGCGCUCGGUCAACACCGACGUUUUACUCGGGGUGUUGCAGUCCGCCGUGCGUCGCCGCUCGGACCUCAAACUUGUGGUGACAUCCGCCACGAUGGACAUUUUGAAAUUUUCGAAGUUUUUUGGAAAUGCCCCCUUCUAUGAAAUUCCUGGGCAGACAUAUGACGUUGACGUACAAUACGCCGCGGCCCCUGUAGAGGACUACGUGGCGGAGGCUGUGUUCCGAAUUUGUCAACUUCACAUCCAAAUGCCACUGGAAGGAAAACAUGACAUUCUUGUCUUUAUGACCGGUCGUGAUGACGUGCUUGGGACGUGCGAAUUAGUUCGGCGUCGCCUGAGAGAAAUGGACCCAAAAUGGCUCGAGACGCUUUUGGUGCUCCCGUGCCUCUCGGAGGCGGUGAGCGCGGGUGCCAGUGGUGUACUCGACACCGCACCGCCUGGCAUGCGGAAAUGUGUUGUUGCCACCAACGUUGCCGAGACCUCCUUGACAAUAGAUGGUGUCCGCUACGUUAUUGACUGUGGUUUUAUGAAGACCAAUGUUUUCCGGCCUAAACUCGGCAUGAACACCCUCCAGCGAUACCCCGUCUCUCAAGCGCAGGCGAACCAACGCAAGGGU